AAGCAUCGGCACUCAGUGGGCGGAAGUGGCUGUGGGAGGCUUUAAGGUGCUUUAAAUUCUCGCUGUCUUGGGAGCUCUCCCGUUUCAGUUGGAGUCGAGCUCUGCGUGACAGAUGGCUGUGGACGUGAAGUCGCGAGCAAAGCGUUAUGAAAAACUGGACUUCCUCGGCGAGGGACAGUUUGCCACGGUUUACAAGGCCAGAGACAAGAACACCAACCAAAUUGUCGCCAUUAAGAAAAUCAAACUUGGACAUAGAUCAGAAGCUAAAGAUGCUCCUUGAUGCUUUUGGACAUAAAUCUAAUAUUAGCCUUGUCUUUGAUUUUAUGGAAACUGACCUAGAGGUUAUAAUAAAAGAUAACAGUCUUGUGCUGACACCAUCACACAUCAAAGCCUACAUGUUGAUGACUCUUCAAGGAUUAGAAUAUUUACAUCAACACUGGAUUCUACAUAGGGACCUAAAACCAAACAACUUGUUGCUAGAUGAAAAUGGAGUUCUAAAACUGGCAGAUUUUGGCCUGGCCAAAUCAUUUGGGAGCCCCAAUAGAGCUUAUACACAUCAGGUUGUAACCAGGUGGUAUCGGGCCCCUGAGCUACUAUUUGGAGCUAGAAUGUAUGGUGUAGGUGUGGACAUGUGGGCUGUUGGCUGUAUAUUAGCAGAGUUGCUCCUAAGGGUUCCUUUUUUGCCAGGAGAUUCAGACCUUGAUCAACUAACAAGAAUAUUUGAAACUUUGGGCACACCAACUGAAGAACAGUGGCCUGACAUGUGUAGUCUUCCAGAUUUCGUGACAUUUAAGAGUUUCCCUGGAAUCCCGUUACAGCAUAUCUUCAUUGCAGCAGGAGAUGACUUGCUAGAUCUUAUACAAGGCUUAUUCUUAUUUAAUCCGUGUACUCGAAUUACAGCCACACAGGCAUUGAAAACUAAGUAUUUCAGUAAUCGGCCAGGGCCAACACCUGGAUGUCAGCUGCCAAGACCAAACUGUCCAGUGGACGCUUUAAAGGAGCAGUCCAAUCCAGCCAUGGCAACAAAACGGAAGAGAACAGAGGCCUUGGAACAAGGAGGAUUACCCAAGAAGCUAAUUUUUUAGUUACAGCGAACACUGGACAAUAUUGUACUACUGAAGGAUAUAGUGAAAAAGGCAAAAUAGUAAACAUUAAUUAAAUGCUUUAAAAGAAAUCUGUAAAUAUUCUAUUCAUGUAAAAUAUGUAAAACUGGGUUAUUUUAUUAAAUGUAUUUUAAAACAAACUUAAUUCUGAUUUUUCUGAUUAGAGUGCAACAGUAAGAUAAGUUUAAUUCUCUGAAAUGUAGAGUUGAAAAUGCAUUAAGGAAUUCUUAAUAAAAAUAACUAUCAGUUAUUUUAAUGAUCUGGCCCAUAUAGCAUUACAGAUUUGUAGUAAAGGGGGUAUUAUUUUAAAAUAGAAAGAUAGUAGUAAUAUACCAAAUACCUGCUACCCUGACUUAACAUAUGUUAAUAUACUAAAUACGAAAAAAAAAAUAACAUUACAGAUAAAAUUGAGCUCCCUUUAACCCUUUAAUACAUCAUUCCAUUUUAUUUUUUCCUUUUUACCCUCCCCAAAAGAGAAUGACUCUCAGGAAAUGAGUGUGUCCUUCCAUGAUUUUAUACUGCUAUUUUAUAAGAAUGCAUGUAGUAGUAUACAGUACUGUUUUGGGUCUCACAAUUUGAGUGGUAGACAGUACAUCUCAUACAGCAUUUUUAUUCUUACUCAAAACUUUAAAACUUAGUUCCCAGUCCUGUAGGUCAGUUACCUCUCAUGGCUCAACUGUGUUUUUUUUGCAUAGGCCAAUAUCAAGGUGUCAGUUGGACUCUGGGCUCUUCUCUGAAGCUCUAGGGAAGAAUCUGCUUCCGAGUUCAUACAGUUCAUGCCAUUUUAAUGCUCAUGCCUCCUUAUCCUUGCUGGUUGUCAGCCAGGGGCCUCUCUUAGCUUCUUAAGGCAGUCCACUUGCCUUGUUGCAUGUCACUCUCCAUCUGCAAACCGGCAACAGUGUCAAAUCUGUCUGGCUUCCUCAUCGCUGCCAAGAGAGAAAAUUCUGCCUUUUUUUUUUUUUUAAAGGACUCACCUGAUAAAUGAUGUCAGCUCACUCAGGGCUUAAUUACACACCUUAAAAAUCCCUUCAUAGCAGUUACUAGAUUAGUGCUUGAAUAAUCAGGACAGGAAUCAUGAGAGGGCCAUCUUGAGAAUUCUGUCACAUGGACAUUUAGGUUAUUUAAAAAGGAUUGUUUAUACGCACAUGCAAGCGUUUCUCUAAUGUACAUACUUAGAAUUGUAAUCGUGAGGUCAUAGUGUGUAUUUUCAAUUAGUGUUGAUAUUGCCAUAUUUCUCCAAAGUAGUUGUAUCAGUUUACACCCCCAGUAACUGUUCAGUAGUUCUUAAAAAUGAAGAAGCCCCUUACCUUACACUGUAUACAGAAACUAACUCAAAAUAUAUCAAAGACCUGAACACCAGGCCUAAAGCUAUAAAAAUUCUUAGAAAAUAUCAUAGAGGGAAAGCUUCAUGACAUCAGAUUUGGCAGGGACUUCCUGGAUAUGACCCCAAAACACAGGCAACAAAAGUAAAAAAUAGACCAUUUGGACUAUAUCAAAAUUAAAAGCUUGUGUGCAUCAAAGGAACGUAAUCAAUUGAAUGGAAAGGCAACCUGUGGAAUGAGAGAAAAUAUUUGCAAAUCAUGUAUCUGAUAAGGGGUUCAUAUCCAGAAUCUGUGAAGAAUAUAUGUUGUUGUUAUAGUUCAACAACAAAAUCCAGAUAAAAAAUGGGCAAAGGACUUGAAAUAGACAUUUCACCAAAGAUGAUAUAGUAAUGGCCAAAAAAACCCAUGAAAAGAUGCCCAACAUCACUAAUCAUUAGGGAAAUGCAAGUCAAAACCACAGUGAGAUUAUCACCUUAUACCUAUUAGGAUGACUACUACCAAAAAAACCCAGAAAAUAACAAGUGUCAGUGAGCAUGUGGAGAAAUUGGGACCCUUGUAAACUAUUGGUGGGAAUGUAUAAAAACAGUGCCAGCAGCUGUGGGAAACUGUGGUGUUUCCUCAAAAAAUUUAAAAUGGAAUUACCAUAUGAUCCAGCACCUUCACUUCUGAGUAUAUACGCAAAAAAAUUGAAUGCGGUAUCCCAAAUGAAUGCAUUCGUUAACCUUUAUGUAAGAAUCUAUUUCACUUCAUCAUCUCUAGCAUUCAUACUCUUUGGGGUCUUUGCUAAUUUGAUACCUCAUUCUAAUUUACUUUUCUUUGAUUUCUACUGUGUUGCUAAUCCCUCCUCUGUGAACUGUUGGUUCAGUUUUUUUAAUACAAUUUUUAAAGGUAUUUUCCAUUCAGCUAUUACAACAUAUCAGCUGUAUUCCCCGUGUUGUAGGAUACAUCUUUGAGCCUGUCUCACAUCCUAUAGUUUGUACCCCCAUUCCCCACCCCUAUAUGAACUCUCCCCCUGCAACCACUAGUUUGUUCUCUGUAUUUGUGAGUCUGCUGCUUUGUUGUUAAA